GCCGAGCUGGAGCCAGAGCUGGAGUCUGAGCCGGCGGUUGCAGUGGAGGCGGUGAUGUCGGUGCAGGUCGUGUCAGCAGCGGCUGCCGCGAAGGUGCCUGAGGUGGAGCUGAAAGACCUGAGCCCCUCCGAGGAGGAGCCGCAACUGGGACUGAGCACGUCGGCUGUGAGCGCCAUGGCCCCCCCGGCAGGCGGCGGGGACCCCGAGGCUCCAGCCCCCGCCGCGGAGCGCCCCCCGGCCCCUGGCCCGGGCUCGGGGCCCGCCGCCGCCCUCAGCCCGGCCGCCGGGAAAGUGCCCCAGGCGUCGGCCAUGAAGCGGAGCGACCCUCAUCACCAGCACCAGCGGCACCGCGACGGCGGCGAGGCCCUGGUCAGCCCCGACGGCACCGUCACCGAGGCGCCGCGCACAGUCAAGAAGCAGAUCCAAUUUGCUGACCAGAAGCAAGAAUUCAACAAACGUCCCACCAAAAUUGGACGUCGCUCUCUGUCUCGUUCCAUUUCUCAGUCAUCUACUGACAGCUACAGCUCAGCGGCUUCAUAUACAGAUAGCUCUGAUGAUGAGACAUCUCCCAGGGACAAGCAGCAAAAGAACUCUAAGGGAAGCAGUGACUUCUGUGUCAAGAACAUCAAACAGGCAGAGUUUGGACGAAGAGAAAUUGAAAUCGCUGAACAAGAAAUGCCUGCACUGAUGGCUUUGAGGAAGAGAGCUCAAGGAGAAAAACCUUUGGCUGGAGCCAAAAUUGUGGGUUGCACACACAUCACUGCUCAGACUGCUGUGCUUAUGGAAACCCUGGGUGCGCUGGGGGCACAGUGCCGAUGGGCAGCCUGCAACAUCUAUUCCACUCUCAAUGAAGUGGCUGCUGCUCUAGCAGAAAGUGGAUUUCCUGUUUUUGCCUGGAAAGGAGAGUCAGAAGAUGACUUUUGGUGGUGCAUUGAUAGAUGUGUGAAUGUGGAGGGCUGGCAGCCAAACAUGAUAUUGGAUGAUGGAGGGGAUCUUACUCACUGGAUUUAUAAGAAGUAUCCUAAUAUGUUCAAAAAAAUCAAGGGCAUAGUAGAGGAGAGCGUUACGGGAGUCCAUAGGCUGUACCAGCUAUCCAAGGCCGGGAAGCUGUGUGUUCCAGCCAUGAAUGUAAAUGACUCUGUUACCAAACAGAAAUUUGACAACCUCUACUGUUGCCGUGAAUCAAUUCUAGAUGGACUUAAAAGGACAACAGACAUGAUGUUUGGUGGAAAGCAGGUGGUAGUCUGUGGCUAUGGAGAGGUGGGGAAGGGCUGCUGUGCUGCUCUCAAAGCCAUGGGCUCUAUUGUGUAUGUAACUGAGAUUGACCCCAUCUGUGCUCUUCAAGCCUGUAUGGAUGGAUUUCGACUGGUGAAAUUAAAUGAGGUCAUCCGACAAGUGGAUAUUGUUAUUACCUGUACAGGUAACAAGAAUGUGGUAACCAGAGAGCACUUAGAUCGUAUGAAGAAUAGCUGCAUCGUUUGUAACAUGGGACAUUCCAACACAGAGAUUGACGUGGCGAGUCUGCGGACACCAGAACUGACCUGGGAGCGAGUGAGAUCCCAAGUUGACCAUGUAAUAUGGCCUGAUGGCAAGAGGAUAGUAUUGCUGGCAGAGGGCCGUCUGCUGAACCUAAGCUGCUCCACAGUGCCUACAUUUGUGCUCUCAAUCACCGCUACUACUCAGGCUCUUGCCUUGAUAGAGCUUUACAAUGCUCCUGAGGGUCGCUAUAAGCAGGAUGUCUACCUGUUGCCCAAGAAAAUGGAUGAGUAUGUGGCGAGCCUACACCUGCCCACCUUUGAUGCCCACCUGACAGAGCUGACAGAUGAACAGGCCAAGUAUCUGGGACUCAACAAGAAUGGGCCUUUCAAGCCUAAUUACUACAGGUAUUAAGUUCCUGUAAUUCAAGCCAGAAGAAGUUUUAAGGAAUAGAACUCCAAGUCUUUUCUCCACUCCUAUACAGGAAAGAACCCAGCAAGCUGCUUCUCCAAUCAGCUGCCCGCCGUGCUCACCCUACAUGUUAGGUUAUUUAUUUAUUAAAACCUAGAAUCCUGUGCCUGUUGCCUUGGCCCAGAGUGUGGUUACUGCCCCGCGGGCUGUGAGAGCCACAAAGGACAGGCUGAGGAAGGAAAGAAAUGGGGUAAUCCUUCCCAGUGCAUCUUUUGCAUCAUUCCCCAUUGACUUGGAAUCCUCAGCAAUGGUCAUUUGUCUCUUGUCCAGGUUCAGGAGAUAGUCCAGGGAUUCCAGACUCCUUGUUCCCUGGGGUUUUUAGAAUAAAUUUUCAGCAGCUGCCUUUCUCAGCUUUGGCCCUUCCCCGGGUUAGGCCUUUUGGAAGCUACCGAGUUAAGAUGGCCUGGGUUCCCAGCCUUGACCGUCACUAUCACUGCCUUCUUUAUAAAAUGACCAAGAAGGAAGGAGUGCAUGUUGUGGCUUUGGCAAGCUACACCAAGAACGAAGCUAUGCCUAUGCUUACUUGGAGUCUCCUUCCUUACCCAGGACUCCUUUCUUCCUUGAAUAGUCAUGUCUAUUUUAACACUUUCUGUUUCCAAGAGGGAUGUGCCUCCAUUAUUUCCUCAGCAGCUCUGCUGUUUGUCAGACAUUUGUUCUGCCAUCUUUCUAACCCAACUAACCUCUGUUCAGUGGCCAGCCCACUGGGGCCCAUAGUUUUACUUGUCAUUUAACUGGACAGUUUCCUGGGAAGUUCCCUCUAGACUGGCACUGUCUCAGAAAAGGAAAGAAACUGCUUCCUGAAAUUUCCUCUUAUUGCCUAAAACUGACUUUAAAAGUGAGCAAGGAAAGAUGUACCUUCCAAUGGAUUUGGGGGUGUAGGGCUCUGGAAGUGGCACAGAUCACUCAGGCCCACAGCUUGACCCUCUAAAGAAGCAGAAUGUAUUGAUUUGUCUCCUGGGAAGAGCUCUUCAGCUAAACUGGCUAAGCUAUACAGAGAUGACACUGUAAACUGUGUCCAAAUGAUUAAAGCUAGUUUGACUAGUUUGAACUUCAUCAGGCGUUUCAUUUCUUUGGCCAUUGCCAUUGAUGAAACUGGGAUCUGAUGGCUCUACGAUUUAGUCUGUGGUUUUUCUUUUCUGCUGGGAUAUGUUUUUAUGUUCUUGCCUCUUCCAUCUUAAGAUUCUAUAAUUCAGAAGUAGCUUCUUGAGUAACUCCAACAUUACAAAAAAACUAGUAAUCCAAGCAGCCUGAAAUUUUGUGUCCCACGUAAGAGUUGGAUACCUUUUAGAGACUGACCUGUCGGUCUUAAGGGUUUCACUGGGACCAGACUUGUUCUAAGAGUUAAAGUCUGGAGUGGCCCUAGAAAUCUUGAAUGAAGUGAGUCUCUUUCCCCGCUGACAACCUUGUUUAACACUCUCAUGUUCGUUCGUUUAUUUUCCCAUUAUUUUUUUUUUCCUACCCUGGUCUGCCUCAUAGUCUCAAGACGAAGGUGCCUCAAGGAAACACCACCAGACCAGGAUCACUAUAACCUUCCCACCCUGAUUCUCUUCUCCUAUCUUCACUUUCUGCAACUUGCCCUGGUCUUCACAUACACUUUCAGAGCUAGUCUGGAAGUGACCUUCCUUUUGGAGGUAGAGAGGUGGGGCUUCGGAUAAAUGGCUGUUCCUAGAGAGUCUGGUUCCUUAAAGGCUUUCUGUCUUAGCACAUACCGGAAACGUGCCACAUAUAUGGCUAUAUUGAGGAAGAUUGUAAAUGCUGAAAAUUCUACUAGUCCACUCCGUUCUUCCUUUUGCCUACCCAGCAUCUCUUUUGUAUUAGUUAAUUGGAUACAGAUCUUUGUAACUUAUAUCAAGGGCAGAUUACACUAGGUAGAUAUUUGGACUCUAGCCUGUUAUGUUCAUAAGCCAAAAAGCAUAACUCACUGUUUCUCAGUAAAGCCUACUUCUUUAGGGAGCAGUAUUACUGUGUACUGAUCCUGACCAAGCACACCCUGCCUUGUUACAGUGAAGAGACCCAUUCUGAAUAAAAAAGGAGCCACCUUUGGGCCUCUACGUUUGGUUGCCAGUGUUGCUGCCCAUGGUGAGAUAUUUGCCUCUGUUUCAGAUGACCUUCUUUCCUUUCUCUCUGGGGACCCCAUGUCAUCAGCCAUUAAGAAGAAAGAGGCCCAGGCCUCCUGAGUAUUUGAGUUCUACCUUAGUGUUGGAAUUUGGUCAUUAUUCCCUCUACCCUUGGAAUCAGAACAAAUGUGUCUUCUUCCCUCAAGCUCUCACCUUAGAUGCAUCCUAGGUAUCUGGAAGCAUAGGACAGAAGACUAAUUAUCUGUUUGUAUAUGACCCUGGCUGGUGGGGAUACUUACCAUUUUCUCUGCAAUGAAUUUCUGCUAGUUUUCAAGGUCUCUUUUGCCUUCUUCAUGGAAAUUCAGGGUUUUGUUUUGUUUCUCAUUAAAAAACAAAAAAAGUAUCUGGUCUACCUUCUGUCUGCCCUCCUACCUCCUCACCCUACCCUCCCAUAUGAGCACGGCUCCCCAUGGCCACAUACUCCUGCAAAGCUUUUUUGCUGCUCGGCUUUUCUCUAAACAGAUCUGAAAUUGCUGCUCCUGUGGUUUUUCUCAAAAUUAACUUUGUCAUGGUUUUAAAAAAAAGAAAUCAAAAUGCAUUGUUGCAUUAAGCUUUUUUAAUAAAGGAAAAUCAUGGAAAGAAAAUAGGCAACACCAGCAAAUUAUAUGUAGAGAAUAAACUAAACCAUAUAUAUAUAAUAUGUAUAUAUUAUAUAUAUAAUCAUCUAGUUCUCAUUGUCAUCUUACUGAAAGGAAAUAAAACCUCUAAGGAUCGCCAUUUCUGAGAGGCUCUUGGAAAUCUUUAAGUCUAAGUGAUUGUAUUAGAUCAGCAAUAAUGACUAUGUAAUCUCUAAAGAUAAAUAAAAUAUUCUUAAAAUGGA